UAAACGUCAAAUGGAAAAUAAAUGAGAAAUGUCAUUUUGAUGUUAUAUUUUAAUUAUUCCUGGAAUUUCCUCAAUGUAAAUAUACAAAGAAAGCAAAUAUGAAAUAUAUUUAUGGUAAACAAAUAUUAAAAAUAUUUGUGUGACUGAUAAAUAUAAAAAAAUAUUUCAAGAAUGUAUAACAUGCAACCAACUGGAACGUUUUCUUGGUUAAGAUGGACUUUAAGGCCUAAAAGAUCAGAUCGAGGCUAUAUCUCAGCAUUUUUAUUGUUAAUUGUUAUUGCCUUAACUUGCACUGCAUUUGCACAAUUAAGAUGGUUUAGAAUACGAGGAGGCAAGGGUCACUGUGUCCCAUCAUUACGUUUAUCACAGUUCUUUAAUCUUGAUGGGUAUUUUGAUGCAUCUUCAGACAUGAAGGGAUCUCCAAACAGUCAGGAAUUUGAUUAUGGUGGACCAAAAGCACUUGCCUUAUCUGGGUCAUCCAUCGAAUUUGGUAACUUUGGUGGUGAUGUAUUUGCAGCUCCUGUGACUGUAGCAUAUUAUUCAAGUAGUGGAGUUCUGUCCUGUGUAAAUCCACAUAUCGUAAAUCUGAUGAGAGUUGUUAUUUUACUCUGUGCAAUGGUAUUAGUAUUUUCGGCAACAGGUCUUGUUCUUGAACUAGGUGCACCAACAGGACCUGCUUUGAAACUUCUCAGAAGAAAUGCUGUCUGUGCCUCUUGUGUUGUAUUAACCAUUGUGUCAAUUAUUGGUGUUUGUUACUGGAUCACUGUUCAAUUAGAACUGGCUGCACGAGGACUGUUAGUAGAAUAUGAUGAUGGAUGUUAUGUUAUGACAGCAGCAGGAGCUGUUGCUAUACUUUCUGCGGCUGUGACCCUACUACAAGCAACUCCUAGUUCUCAUUACAACCUACGUCACCAUCCUGAUGAAGUACAAAGAAGACAUUUAGUUGAUUGGGAAGAUUGGGAUGGUUUAUCAGUUCCUACAAAUGUGGACCAAAUAAAUCAAAAUCACAUUGUCGGGCAAAGUGAUGCAAUGCUAUCCACAAUGGGUUUUGCAAGGGUGAGAAGUGAAUCAGAUAAUAGUAGUGAUAUGUCUGCUCCACCACCGUACACACCUUAGAAGAUUUUCUUAUGCUUUUAUGAUAAAUAUUCAAAUUCAUUCGUAAAUAGCGCUAUUGGAUGCCUCAAGGAUAGCUCUAGUUUUGAUAGCUUUUUUUCAUAAAGAUCUAUUAAUUUACAUUAUCUAAAUGACUGAAAAUGAUAAACAGUAUAAGCUGAUUUCUUGAACAUUCUGAAAGUAUAAAAUUCACAAAAAGAUGUUAUAAAAAUUUAUGAUUGAGUUUGAGUAAUUAUAAGUAUCUAUAAUUAAAAUUCAGAUUUCAUUCAAAUCAUUUAGAUUUAAUUGCAAAAAAUCUCAAAAAUUCAGCUAUUCUUAUAGAUAUCCUAAAAUUCCUUUU